AAUCCUGUCAUCAGGUCAAGACAAGAGAAGCGACAUGGCCUUUUAUUUUGAAUGCGCAUUCAAAAGAGGGUCUAGAAAUGACAUCUGGCUUAGAUUCACUUUGUUCUAGAGAAUACUGCAUUCUGUGCUAAUCUCUGAGUAAAGUUCCUAUAAUUGGCUCUGAUUCCGAAUCAACAACGUCAAACUAAACUAUACGCUGCAGGUUUUUUUUCUUCUUAGCUAGACGAAUUAUUACCGGCUAGGGCACUAUUUAUCCGCAACAGCGCGAUCUUCGUAAGCGAAAAGGGGCGCUUAUUCGGCGAGGCUUUAAUAUAGUCAGGCGUAACGCAUCGGAUCAUGUUAGAUGAAGAAGUAGACUUUCCCAGGGAAGGACCCAAAGAUGCCGAGACAUUCAAAGGGACAAUAAAAAGGGACGUCUUCAAGAAGAGGCGAACUCAUUCUGAAGGGCGGAGGGAAGACGAUAGCGAUGCUCUGCGCGGUAAGAAGUUGGGAAAAAAGCUACGCAAGAACACUAAAUCUCAGCAGAAAACGAAAGAGCUGGUUACGGCAGUACACCCGACGUCCUUGGCAUACAAAAAUCUCAGGACCGGCAUGCUGGUUAUGGGCACGGUUGAAAGGGUGACGGAAAUGGUGGCGACGAUUGCAUUACCAGACGUCCUGAAGGGUCAGUUGAAGUUGGUUGAAUUGAGCGAUGCACUGACCGAAAAGAUUAAGUCCGACCUGGUAAAGAUGCCGAGUAUGGGAGAAGACUAUGAUGAGAUGAGUGAAGGGGAAGACGAAGAGGAGAAGUAUGAGGCUGUCGCUGAUUUGAGGGAUUACCUCAAAGUUGGACAGUUUCUGCCAUGCUACAUUUUAAAUUGUUCUAAAAAUCGUUUGUAUGAUGUUCAGCUUUCUUCUAGAGAGUCUCUUUUAAACAGCCACUUGAAAGUGGACACGCUUAAGUCUGGGAUGAGGUUAGAGGGGUCUAUUAUGAGCCGAGAAGAUCACGGAUAUACUGUUUCUAUUGGCUUUGGAGAGCUGAAGGCAUUUCUUCCAUUUGAUCUAAUUAGAGGAGAUGGAAAGGAGUUUGAUUUUGCGCAGAAGAUGAGCUUUAGGAUUGAGUCGAUUAAUCAACAAUUGAACUCCGUAACUCUCAAGUACGAUGAGAUGAUAGACCGCAAUUUGUCAUCUGGCAGUAGUGGUGCAAGUGGCUUGUAUUUAGGCAAGCUUUUAAAGUCUCAGAUUCGAACUGUUUUGCAGAACGGUAUGGAGAUGACGGUUUCUAAGAAGUCGACCGGCGUUUUGAGCUUGAUUCACGCAGCAAUUCAAGAAGGAAGUUAUGAACACUGUCUUUUUUCUGGAAACCAGGGAGAUGAUUUAGAGGAAAGCAUUGAUGGGAUGAACAUUAGUCUAGAUGAGGACGAUAAAGAAGACAACCAACCUGAAAAUGACGUCCGUCGUAAUUCUGAGUCUGAUGAAGAGGAUGAAUAUCUACCAUUUACCGGAAGAGAAGAUGUGCUUAACUCAAGGCACCUUAAGAAAUGGUUUCAGGCUAAGCAGGAACUGCUUACGAGAAUCAUUUAUAUUGAUUAUAGUACAAACACAGUUGGCUUGAGUUCCCUGAAGCAUGUUUUAGAGCUCGAACCCGCGCAGUUUGACUCGGUCAAGUUAGGCCAGGUUUUCGAAAAUGCUGUCGUUGCACGUAUCAUGAAGAACCGAGGGCUCAUUCUUGAGCUGAAGGUGUCUGAUGAAAAGCUGGAUCCAUUGUUUGUGUUCGUUGGACUGAAGAUGGUUUCUGAAGAUGAGGGUGUGACAAUUGAUUCUUUCCAGGUAAACCAAUCCGUUAAAUGCCGAAUAAUUGGAUUUUCUCAUAUUGAUGGUUUGGCAGUGGCGACGAUGAGAUCGUCUGAAAUCAAUGAACGCUAUUUUCUUUAUCAGGAUAUUUCUGUGGGAGAGGUUCUCUUCGCAAAAGUGGAGUCGAUUCUUGAAAAUGGUCUUAUUAUGCGUGUCUCACCGCACAUUCAGGGGUUUUGUUCGUACAUUCAUGCAGCCGAAGUGGUCUCAGAUAAUUGGCAGAAGCAGUUUAAGGUCGGAAAGAAGCUGAAGGUCCGCGUACUGGCGAUUUUCCCGGAGCAGUCCAAGUUGUAUUUGACGAAUAAGCGAAGCCUUGUGAUGUCUGACCUGGAAUUAUUCUCGGACAUUAAUACCCUUGAAGAGGGCAUGGUAGGACAUGGAGUCAUCUUAUCAGUGAGAAAUCAUGGUUGUUUGGUUGGAUUUUUUAAUUAUUUUAAGGGUUUUCUGCCUAUUCGUGAAACUGCACAUAGCCCAGACAAGGGUAACCUAAACGAUAUCUAUAACGUAGGAGAUGUGAUAAAAUGCACAAUACUACGAUUGAAUGCCAAAACUAGAAGUUGUAUUCUUUCUCUGAGUCCAGUGUUGUCCCAGUCUCCGGAGGAGCGCGAAGCUGUAAAAUCGUUUCUUUCUGUUACCCAGGAACGCGUGAUUUCUGCUACAGUGGAAUUACAGAGUCAAUACUGCGUCUUAUUGAGAUGGACUCCGAGUGGAGAACAUAAGGAACUGCAAGUUUCUGUUUACCUACCUAAUUCUCAUUUGAGCGACUACCGAGAUUUAGAGUAUUUAUCAAAAGAAAAUAUGAAGGUGGGUACUAAAGUGAAUAAUUUGUUGAUUCUUUACAAGCGUUCAUAUGGCGUUGUAGUUACAAAGAAGAAGACCCUGUUUAAUACAUACAUUGAGGACCGCCUCCCCUGCAAGAUUGAGAAGUUAGCUGUAGAUACUGUCUACUCAGGGUAUAUCUCAAAGAUUGGGAAUCAUGGUUUGGUGGUUGAGUUUAUGGAUCACCUUACUGGGUUUGUACACAAGUAUCAGGCUGCCUCGAAUCACGUAAAUGACAUUCGGAAGCUCUUCUACGAGGGUCAAUCAGUUCGUGCCUUAUUGACUCAGUUGGAUCUGGAGAACAGACAAUGCGCCCUUUCACUCAAGAAUCAGGCAUGUUUUGAAGGGAGGUGCGUAUGGCUAGAUGGAUAUUUUAGAGAACGGCGGUCGCUGCUAAAACAGUUGAAAAAGACAAAGUACAAGGUAGGCAUGGCGGUUCAACUCCGAAUUAUGAAGCAAAAUGAUUCAGGGGUGUUUUUACGUUUAGAUGAUUCAUUAAUGGCAUUCGCCUGCUUUGCUCAGGUUGACGAAGAUGCCGAGGUCCGGAAGGGGGAAAUGGUGACGGGGGUUAUUUUAGAUGUUGAUUUUGCAAACGAAGUUGUGGAUGUCAGCCUUAGGAAAGGCAUGAUUUCAUACUUCGGGUCAUGUUUGGAAUCAUCACUGUUGAAGUCGCCUGUGGUUGGGCAGCAUCUGGAGUUGAAUAUCGAACAGGUCAAGUCAAAUUAUGUGAUAUUAUCUCUACCUGAGGAUUUUGUUAGGAGAUUGGUUUAUAUGCCGACAAGAGGCUAUAAUGGCAGCUUUGGCUUAGCUGAGUUUAAGCCUCACCAGUCGGUUGGCGUAGAGGUGAGUAAGGUAUCAUCUAAAUACAUUUUAGCGGAUUCGUUGGCAUUUGUUGCUCGAUCAAAGCACAGUCGAAUGCAAAUUACAAUAACAGACCCCUUGGAUUCAUUGUCUCCUGAUAUUACAUUGGAAGUGGGAAUGUCCUUGACCGCUCAGGUAACAGAAGUUCGCGAGUUUGAGAUGAUCUUGUCACUCUAUUCAGGUGUAUUUGGUAGAAUUGGUAUAGAAGAAAUCGACGAUAUAAAUUUACCUGCGAAGAAGUUAUCAAUGACAUCGGCUGAAGAGACCAAAAAAACGCUUGAGAUGUUUCGAGGUUUCAGUCUAGAAUCGGUGCCAUUAUCUUCUCGAUUUAAAGUGGGUCAAGAGGUUUCGUGCCGUAUCAUAUCUCUGCGUUCAUGGAAAAAUCUUUCACGUCCUGAGGUUGUUUGUGAGCUUUCGAUGAGGCCUUCUGUCUAUCAAUUGUCAAUAGACGAGCUGAAGAUAUCAGCUUGCUCGAGGAUCAAUUAUUUAUCAAAUGAGUCGGUACUACAACAUUUUGAGCCGGGUACCAUUUUACCAGUAUGGAUUCGGAGAGUAACGCCGCAUCAAAUAACUGUCGUCGUUGCGAAGAGUUUGAAGGGAUUCGUUUAUAUUGGCGAUGUAAGCGACCAAAUCGAGGUAUUGAGGCACCCAGAGAGCGUAUUCAAAGUCGGUCAAUGUGUACUAGCAGUUGUGAUUGAUUGCGUUACAUCUUCAUCCAAUAGAAAGUGUUUAAAUCUUUCUUUUCGCGCACUGAAUUCAAACGCACCGUCUCAAAGUGCGUUUCUGCCGGAUCAAGUUGUGCCAGGGAGCCUUCUUUGGGGGCGAGUAAUCACAGUCAGGUUGAAUGUUUGCGUCAUUUUUCAGUUUUUCGCGAACAUAUAUGGCUCAGCAUCGGUUACAGACUUGGAUGAUGUUUACAAGGAUGAUUUGUUUAGCGAUUGGAUAAAUCGAGAAGGAGAUUUCGUUUUAUGUCGAGUUAUAUCCUUCGCUCUCAAGUCUAGAAAGUAUCUGUAUGUAUCUGUUCGGCCGUCUCAGGUUUAUCCAGAGUUGGAGGUUGGACCGGACAUUAAUCGUGUGAUUAAUUCCAUGGCGGAAUUGGCAGUCGGAAUGAAGGUUUCUGGAUAUGUGAGAAAGGUUUCGAAGAGAUGGUUGCAUAUUAGUUUAUCGAGAGAUAUUGUAGGGACCGUAGCGUUCUCCCACUUAGAAGGGAUUACUGAGCGCUCGCAGGAGGCAGUAAAGAAGCAAUAUCCGAUAGGGAAGCUGGUGCGUGGUAUAGUUAUGAAAGCGGAUGCAGAGCAGGGGAAGGUUUUUAUUUCAUUAAGGAAGAAAGACGUGGAAAAGUUGACAGUUGAAGAUAUCAAGCCAAAUACAGUGAUGAGAGGUCACGUGAACAAGGUGAUGGAUUUUGGAAUUUUUGUUACAAUUGAGAAUUCGAAUGUGAGCGGCUUGUGCCAUAUAACAGAAGUCUUUGAUGAGGAAGAAAAGGAUGCGAGCAGCAGAUCUGGCAAAGAUUCCGACGAAGCGUUGAUACAGAGAGUCAAGUCUGUUUUUCACGAAGGGGAUUAUGUACGUGUAUACGUACUACGAGUGAAUGUGGCUAAGAGACAGGCAUCGUUAUCGAUGCGUCCAUCAAGGUUUGGGGGUCAUGAAGACAGCGCAGAUGAUCGAGAGUUGGAGGAAGACAACUUGGGGAUAGAAGAGGAGGAAAUAGAGCCACUACCUCAAGUGGGCGAGAGUUCGUAUUUGGCAAAGCUGUUGCAGGCGCAGAAGAAGAGGUAUAUUGAUAUGGACGAGGCGUGCAUGACACCGGGGAAGAAGGUGAAGACGGAGGAGAAAGAGGUUGAAGAGAGAUUGCCCGAGGGACUGUGUGAUGAAGGAGGAGAGGCUGAGCUGCCCGGUCUUUCUACCGGGUUUGAAUGGUGUGACUUUGAUUUAGGUGAGGUGAAACCUGAGCGUUCAUGUGUGUCGGAUCCGGAUCGCCAGGUUGAAAGUGACGCUUGGAGUGAUAUCAUAUCAGGUCCAGCAGAAGUGGCGCCUGAAGCAGGGAAUAAUAGUGAAAUUGAUGUGAAAGACAUUCAGGAGGCGGAAUGGCUAAAAGAGACUGAUAUUGCAUUGGCUGAAAAAAGGCUUUUAGAUGCGAAUUUGGUUCCAGAAUCUGCAGACGAUUUUGAAAGAGCAAUUUUGACCGAACCCAAUUCUAGCAAAGUUUGGAUUCAAUACGUGGCCUUUCACUUAUUCAAGAAGGAUGUUCAAAGUGCACGAGAUGUUAUUGAGCGCGCUAUCAAACGGAUUGACCCAACGAACAGUGAGGAUCGAUUUAAUGUAUGGGCGGCUUAUUUGAACCUUGAGAAUCAAAUAGGGUAUGCAGAUACGUUUCAAUUGGUAUUAAAGCGCGCAUUGAAGUCGAACGAUCCGAAGAAAAUAUAUAGGGCGGCCAUUCAGAGCCAUUUGCAUAUGGGCAAAUUGAAAGAAGCUGAAAUGCUUUACCAGACUAUGUUGAAGAAGUGGAAGCAUUGCAAGAGUUCUUGGAUUGAUUUUGCUACGUUCAAAUUUAAGCAUCAGCAAGGGCAAGGUACUCGUGAGCUUUUGGAUCGAGCAUUGAAGUCGCUGGUAUCGAGGAAGCAUAUUCCUGUGUUGACUAAGUUUGCUCAGUUAGAGUUCAAGUUUGGGGAUUCAGAGCGCGGUCGUACUAUAUUUGACAAUUUAGUCGCAUCCUAUCCAAAGCGAAUGCAUCUAUGGAACAUGUUUUUGGAAAUGGAGUUAAGAACUAAGGAUGUUUCUCGCAUUAGAAAUUUGUUCGAACGGAUUAUUGCACUGAAGUACAACGCGAAGAAAAUGAAGCCCUUUUUCAAGCGCUACCUUAUGUUUGAGUCUUCAUACGGAACACCAGCGAGGGUGGAAUAUGUCAAGCAGAAGGCACUUGAGUUUAUCGAGCAAAGAGGAUAAAAUGAUUUUUAGGAAGGUUAUGAUUUUGUA